GAUAAGCUCUGCACAGAGAGCCUCUCUGCGGCAGAGCUCGAGAACCUGCGGGCCCCGGCAGUCAAACAGGGCCCACACGACUUGGCGAAGGCCUACGAGGAGCAUAAGGCGGCGGCGGAGGUCCGUGAGAGGCCGAAGAACGACACUCCCUCUGGCCUCCACACGAGGGCUUCGCAGGCCCUGUCGAAGAUCAAACAGCUGGAGAAGCGUCUGCAUCGUGAGCUCGACCGCCAGGAGCCCUGGCGCGCUGGUGCCCUCGUGGAGCUUGAGAAGAGCACCCAAGAGUUGGCCAUAGACUUGGACAGUCACGAAUCCAAGAAUAAGGAGGUGGUGCUGCAGAUCAGUAACGAAGUGCACGCG